AUGUCGGAGUUUUUACUCGGGUCGGGUUUUGACAGGCUGUUGGAUCAGCUUGCUCAAAUUGAAGCCAAUGGUAUUGGAAGAAUGGAGAAUCCACCAGCUUCAAAAGCAGCAAUAGAAUCAUUGCCCACAAUUGAGAUACUUAAUGACCAUAUUGCCACUGAAUCAUACUGCGCAGUAUGUAAGGAGCCAUUCGAGUUAGGUACCGAGGCACGGGAAAUGCCAUGUAAGCAUUUGUACCAUUCCGAUUGCAUACUCCCAUGGCUCUCAUUGCGCAAUUCGUGCCCCGUCUGUAGGCACGAAUUGCCCACUGAGUCACGGGACGUUGUCGAUUCGAACGAACAGAAUGUUGUAGUAGGAAAUGAAGAGGCAGUGGAGGAGGAAGCUGUUGGAUUGACAAUUUGGAGAUUACCUGGUGGUGGUUUUGCUGUUGGGAGGUUAGGAGGGAGGAGGGGUGGUGGGGAGAGAGCACUUCCUGUUGUGUACACUGAAAUGGAUGGUGGGUUUAAUAAUAGUAGUAAUAAUAAUAAUGGAGUUACAAGGAGGAUUUUGUGGGGCUCUAGAGGGAGCGAAUCGCGGAGAAAUGGUGGAUUGAGGAGGUUUUUUGGCAACUUGUUUGCGUGUUUUGGUGGUGGUGGUGGUGGUGGUGGUGGUGGUGGUUCUUCUUCAAGGUCUAGUUCCACUAGUUCAGAUUCUAGGAUAAUAAAUCGAAGCGGGAGUAGUUCAAUGUCGUCUGUGUUUUUAGCUACGGCGAGGAGGCGUAGAGGUUGGGGUUUUGAAGGUAAUAAUGGAGUUAGAAGAUGGUAAGUUGCCCCUAUGGGAACUAACCUAGUAUUUAAGUGGAGAAGGAUAGGGGCAGGACCAUCAUUCCCGAGUUUUGAAAGCUGUGGUUGGUCCUAAGGGUUGGCCGCAGACCGAUUUCUUGGCCAUAAAGAAAAAAAAGAUGGUAACUUGAAUACUGGUGGGACGAUAAGCUUCGUCAUUGUAAAUAACUGGAUGUGAAUGUUGGCUCUUUAAUGGCACGCAAGAAUUAAUUUUUGAUAUUUAUUAAGGUGAUAUUUAUGAAGAUGCUAUAGCAGGGGAGAUGACACUGGAAUAUUAGUGCAAGAAUUGGCUCCUGGAACUAAGGUAGACUGCCUCAACUCUCAAGUACCAAAUGUGCCUUUUAACUUAAAGAGUGCCCACAAUGUAAUUCUUUCUUGUAUUCUCUUGUUUUUUCGUUUUUAAGCUUUUAGUUUAAGUUUAAAUUCAGCCCCCUUUGUUCCAAUAGUCUAUUGAAACUUAUGAAGCUUACAUGAAUUCUGAGUUUCUUGUAUCUGGACUUCUUCACUUUUUAUUGGAAAUUCAGGUAUGUCCCACAAUAGGGGACCCUGCAUUUAGUCUUGGCUUGUUAGUUAAAGACUUCCUUUUGAUCAUGUAAUUAAAUUGUUCAUCGAAGAUUAUAAAUAGCAAACUGUUUCCUUAUAUUGGAAUC